AUGGUGGCCCAAUUUAACGAGUUCGACCAGUCGCUGCAGCAGGUGAACUCCAGCUUGGAGACUUUUGUGCAGCAGGCGAUGAAGCCCGGCCAAGGUGUACAGGGCCUGUCUGACGGAUUAGCCGAGCAACUCAAGCUGGCUCAGGAUCGCAUCCUGGUCAAAGAAGGGUGCAGGUUGCGCGAAGCAGCGCAACAAAUCGCCCGCGAAGAUGCGCCGCACAGCGCUGUGGCUCGCUUCAACAGAAACUUAGAGUUCAACAUCGCCACUCCGCUGAAGGACCACUUGGCCAACCAUGAAAAGUUGCGGAAGCAGCUGGAGAAGCGCGAAGUGUGCCUCGCUGCGCUCAAAGAGGCCCUUAGACAAGUCGAACUCUGUGAUACCCACGCCCUACAGGACGCCGACCUCCGGCGGAAACUGGCAAAGUCUGAGUUCCAGGCCUCCAAGGAGACCUUCGAGAGAAUAAAUCGGAGCGUCUUCGAGUGGCUUUACACUUUGGAGGAGCACCGGGAUGACAUCCUGGACUCCUGUCUGCAGACAUUAAAGCAUUUGCAGUACGAUUUUCUGGCCUCUGCUGCCCAUGCCAUCUCUGACGUUCUGCCAGAGCGCAUGGCCUUUCGUCGCAUGACUGAGAUGAUGCCCGAGUGCCUGGAGGCUCAUGUACAGCACGAACUCCGCAGCACUCAGGAGUGUCCGGAGGAUGGAGAUGAAAGCUUCUCAUUGCGCUUAGUGGAGCGCCUUGCGCGCGAAGGCAAGGAACGGCCAGGCGCUGCGCCUGAGUCGGCCCCAAGCUCGCAGCCAGUGGAUCCAUUGUCGCUGUCAUCGCUGCUGUCCCACGGCUUUGAGGAGGGCCCCGCCCGCCGAGCCUUGCGGCAAACGGGCAACGACACCCAGGCUGCCAUGGAGCUCCUCCUUGGCAACGACGAUGUGGAGUCUGUACGUGCCGUGGCUGCGUGGCGGGCGCAGCUCGAACGCGUGCUUAGACCGACGUCCAGAACCAAAAGCGCGAAGUUCGCCCGCUUGAUGUUGGUGCCAUUUGACUACAGGCCUGGGCCCCCCUGGGACGAGCUUUGCUUGAUCAUUGGCAGAGAGUUCAGGAACUUGCGGCCCGGCGAGCCUGAGACACUCCCACCGGCACAGCCCUCGUAUGAACUUUUCUUUCGACGGCCAGCUGAGAUGCCAGCACUGGAGAGGCGUGCACUGGAGCUGUGCCUGCGUCAAGGGGGGAGGGCCCUGGACCUGGGCGCUGGCGUCAGCUACCCAGAUUGCCGGCAGCCAUGUGUUGGCACUGCAGCAGCGAGGCUUGCGGAUAGCUGGCUUGGAGUUGUCGCCAGAUGCCGUGGAGGUGAUGAAGGCGCGUGGCCUGGAAUCUCACGUGGGUUCGUUCUGGAAUCUGCCGACCUCAACAAAGUACGACACCAUGCUGAUGCUGAUGAACACGGCAGGAGUGGCUGGCACCAUCGAACGCUUCCAGCAGCUGCUGCGGCAGCUCCAGCGAAACUUGACGCCGACGGGGCAGCUGUUGCUGGAUCUAUCGCCACCAGAGUGGCCGGCCGUCAACCGAGCGUUGAGAAGGACGCGUGA